AUGCGUUUCGUCAGAGUUGUUGCCUUAUCAAGUCUCUGCGCCGGCACGGCCUUCGCUUCUCAAGGAGAUGAGCUCUCUGGGGUGCAGGCGGCGGCCAUUGAAGCCCUUCAAGCCGCCGAGAAGAAUGUCACUUUUGGCAAAAGAGAAGAGUGCAGUCUGUUCAACGCGCGAGUUCGACGGGAUUGGAACUCACUCUCUGGCUCCGAGAAGAAAGCCUACACAAGCGCCGUCAACUGCCUUUUGAUAAAGCCAUCCAAGCUCGGGAAUGACUUUGCACCCGGAGCUCGCAGCCGAUAUGACGACUUUGUUGCCGUUCACAUCAACCAGACUUUGAGCAUUCACGGAACCGGGAACUUCCUCACAUGGCACCGAUAUUUCACCUGGGCAUACGAGAACGCCCUAAGGCAAGAGUGUGGUUACGACGGCUACCAACCUUACUGGAACUGGCUUGCCUAUAGAGACGACCCUUCCAAAGCGCCCAUGUUCGAUGGAAGCGACACUAGCAUGAGUGGCAAUGGGGUUUUCAAAGCUCACAAUGGCAGCAUUGCGGGACGCGGCGCCGUCUGGAUUCCUAGCGGCAAUGGGGGUGGGUGCGUCACAAGCGGCCCAUUUGCCAAAGACAUUAGUGCCUGGACAUCCCAACGAUGGAUGACUUCGGCGAACGUUCUCAAUAUUACCAUCGGCGCUGCUGCGGCGAACAUUAGCACCUUCCAAAAUGAGCUACAGGGUCGUUUCGGUGACGGCUGGCUGGGAACACACACUGCCGGUCAUAUGAUUGUCAACGGCGAGGCAUCGGAUUUUUUCUCGUCCACCAACGACCCUACAUUCUUCUUGCACCACGCCAUGGUUGAUCGAGUUUACUGGUUGUGGCAAGCUCUGCACCCUGGGGAAGCCUUUAACAUUGCGGGUACCAUUUCGAGCCCCAGCACACCUCCCCUACCAGAGCCGCCCGCCUUGACGACCUCGUUAUCCAAGAGCCAAACGCUCCCAAUCGGCCUAUCAGCGACCUGCUCAACACCAUUGGAGGCAGUCCAUUUUGCUAUAUCUACCUUUAGAUUUUACACGAGUAGAGAGUUAGCAAAUGUUUCUAGUGUUCAGAGGGAAGUACGCUUAGACCCGACAUUGCCAAUGACCAUAUGA